CGGGCCCUGGAAGAAUAAAGUUGAAUCAGUAGCAUGAACCUCCGCCAUGCAUUUUUAAAAACAAUCCUGACUUUGAAUAAAUAAAAGUCGUCUUUUCUUUCUAUGAAGAUUACAGUUUUCUGUCCCCACAAAUAUACGUUGGUUGAUGGAAAGGAACAGCGAGCCCAUAGUCAAUUGGACAUCUUUGAUGAAUUCUGAAUGCUAAUCUUUUUCACUUGUAGACUCCUGUAUCGGACGCGUCUGUUUCUUCGGCAAAAGUAAAAAGGACGAAAAGGAUGAAUUAUUUCCUUGGAAAAGGAAUAAAAGAAUGGCUUCCCUCGCUAUUUAUAAGUGUGGAUUCAUCAUAAAAGAUGCAAAAGAUCACUAAAACACAUUAUUUUAUUAGCUUGUCAUCAGUAAUGUAAAUAUAACAACGGAACCGUUGAAGUUCCGUUCCAAAUCAAUCAAAUACGCUGAGGCGGAAAAUAGUAUUAAUACUAUGAGAGUCUUGUCUCUGUCUCAUGUUUUCCCCGUCAACAAGUAUGGUAAGGAUCUAUGCACAACCACCUAUAUGAAGAAUGGUGGCGAAGAGUUGCUGCAACUUGCGUACAGCGAUGUUGUUAUGCAAAAGGCUUCUCCUAAAGCACUUAUGUACAUUCCUUGUUUCAUGGCAUGCCUGAUAUGAAUCAUUAUAAUAAACCUUGUUCAUUCUACUUUUUUGUUUGUUUACCAUACAUUAAAUGAUGAUAAUAUUGACAACAUUUUGCAUACAAAGAGCGGUCAUGCAUAAUCCCUUCUAUAAAGUUCUCCUUAAAAC